AUGGGAAUGACAGCAGGGGGGCCAGGAAUGGGAGGCGGGCCUGGCGGUGGCGUGCCAGGAGGUCCGCCCACGAUGGGUGCGCCAGGAGGCGCCGGAAAUCCCAAUGCGAUAAAUAUCAACGUCCCACCUUCGGUUGGGUCCAUCAGGCUGAACGAGAGUUUGGAAGCCAUCAAGGCUGAGUUUGAGGCUAUGGCGACGGAGAUUGAGCUCACAAAGAACCAGAAGGACGAAGUCGAGGUCAAGCUCGGAGCUCAAGUGAGCGAACUAAACCAUAUCCGACGGGCGUUGUACGAUCUGGAGGCGCAGCACACCAAAGUUCGACAACAAUAUGAAGACGAAUUAGCAAGACUCCGAGCGGAAUUGGCCGCUGCCACGAGACAUGGUCCGCCCCCUCAUCCGUCUACUCAGGGUAUCGCCGGCCUGGCAUCGUCAUCUUCAAGUGGAUUUGCAGGGGCUGUGGGUGGCCCUGGUGUGCCGGGGGGGUCAGUAGACCUAGGACCCAAUGGAGCUCCACCGCAUCCACCGCCGUAUGGUGAACCAAAUGGGAGAUUGAGGGAGUUGCCGCCCAGCGCGAUGGAUCAACGGGGUGCGCUGCUCAAAGACAGGGAGAGGGAGCCAGUACCUCUGGGACGCGAGAGGGACAGGGAAAGAGAGUUGAGGGAGCGCGAGAGGGAGCGGGAUAGGGAUAUGGUUGUAGAUCGUGAUGGUAGAGAUCGCGGCAGGCCGGGGGAUAGGCGCGAUUUUGAGCUGGAUAGGGAGCGUGAAAGGGAGAGGGAGAUGGAUCGGUUGGCAGAUUCGAGGGACCCGAAGAGAGUGAAGAAAGAUAACGGAGGCCCGUCAACUUACACUGGUGGAAGCCACACAACUACUCCUCGACUCCCUCCACCCAUGUACCCCGGCGGACCAGGUGGAUCUCCCUAUACCGCAGCAGGAGGCCCCCCACCUCCACCUGGCCCCGGAGGCCCUGGCCCAGCACCCCUCGGUCACCCAGCAAACGGAUCGAACCAGUUACCGCCCGUAGGCGGCGGACCACCAGGUAGUGCGAGUGGCCUCCCUCCCUCGUCUUCAUCGCAGGCGCUAACCAAGUCCGAAGCUGGUGCGCUAGGUCUCGGACCUCCUCCUUCCCUCACUGGUGGCUCUGCGUCUGCUGCUGGAGGACCAAGCGCAAGUUCGAGUUCGACACAAGUGGCUCUCGUUCCAGGUGCACCCCCGGAGGAGUUUAACUACAACACUGUCCCGCCGGAGUAUAGGAAGGACGGGCCUGAUUGGUUUGCUGCAUUCAAUCCCAAGAUCAAGAGGACGCUUGAUAUCAAUUUGGUUCACUCCUUCCAGCAUUCGAGCGUGGUAUGUUGUGUCCAGUUCUCACAGGACGGACGAUAUCUGGCGACAGGUUGCAACCAGACUGCGCAGAUUUUCGAUACCAAGAGUGGAAUGAAGGUUUGCGAGUUGGCCCAUGAGAGCGAAGCUCAUACAGGCGACCUCUACAUCCGUAGUGUGCGGUUCAGCCCGGAUGGCAAGUUCCUCGCCACCGGUGCCGAGGAUCGACAAAUCCGAAUUUGGGACAUCUCCCGCAAAUGCAUCCGCCACGUCUUCGACGGCCACCAACAAGAAAUCUACUCUCUCGAUUUCUCGCAAGAUGGACGACUCAUCGUGUCCGGAUCCGGCGACCGCACAACGCGAAUCUGGAACAUGCAUGACCACAGCGUCAAAGUGUUCACGAUCACUGACGUGAUCGAUCCCAACGCUGACGCAGGCGUCACCUCCGUCGCCAUCUCGCCAUCGACUGCACUCGUCGCCGCGGGCUCGCUUGACAACAUUAUCCGUAUCUGGGACGUGCAAACAGGCCAGCUUUUGGAGAGGUUGAGGGGCCAUACCAACAGUGUGUACAGCGUCGCGUUCACGCCAGACGGCAAGGGUCUCGUCACCGGCAGUCUGGAUAAGACACUCAAAUUAUGGGACGUCAGUCAUCUGAACAGUCCCGAGGGCAGGAGGAAGGCUGCCGCUGACCCCGACAUGCGGGAUCGGGUGGAGCGGGAACGCAUGGAGCGGAUGGAGCGCGAAGGCAAGGUUGUGCAGAGUGCCAACUGCGUGAUGGACUUUAUUGGGCACAAGGAUUACGUCCUUUCGGUGUCGAUGAGCAGUGAUAGCCGGUGGGUUGUGUCGGGUUCGAAGGAUCGGUGUGUGCAUGUAUGGGAUUCGACGACUGCUACGCUGCAGUUGACGCUGCAGGGCCAUAAAAACUCUGUGAUCUCGCUUGACUUGAACUCGAACAAUGACCUGCUUGCGACUGGAAGCGGGGACAGCUUUGCCAGGAUCUGGAGUUUGACAAGGGGUUAA